AUGGUCCCUGUGGAUAGUAAGGUUUCCAGGCGAGUCUAUUUCCCAGUGGGUGUUAUCCGAAAUCCUCAAGGAGCCCUGAGGGGUAAUCUUUACACAGCUGCCUUGGCAACUGAGUUCACCUGUGUUUGCUGUGAGGCCAAGGACAAGCAGAGAUCUGGGGUCCCUGUAUCUAGAGCAGCAAGUGACUUCGGUUUGAAUCUGUUUUUCAGAACCAAGGGACCUGAGAAGGAGGAGAAGUUGAGGCGGGCAAUCAAGCAGGUGCUGAAGUGUGAUGUGACCCAGAGCCAGCCUCUGGGUGAGGUGUCUCUGCCUCCUGCUGACUGCCUACUCAGCACGCUGUGCCUGGAUGCUGCCUGCCCUGACCUCCCGGCCUAUCGUACUGCCCUCAGGAACCUGGGCAGCCUGCUCAAGCCAGGGGGCUUCCUGGUGAUGGUGGACGCCCUUAAGAGUAGCUACUACAUGAUUGGGGAGCAGAGGUUUUCCAGCCUUUCCCUGGGAUGGGAGGCUGUUCGGGAUGCCGUGGAAGAGGCCGGUUACAUCAUUGAGCAGUUUGAGGUGAUUUCUCAAAAUUACUCUUCUACCAUAUCCAAUAGUGAAGGACUCUUCUCCCUAGUGGGGCGAAAGCCAGACAGAUCUGAAUGACAUCCUGCGAUCCCAAUUAAAAGCUUGCUGGUUCAUUUCAGGCUGUAUGGCUCUGAACGCAGUGCUCACUGUGUGGUGUGGAAACUGAAUGGGCGUGGCUAGGCGGCGUGGUUCAGGGUUGGGUGGGCAGUCAUGGAUGAGCUCAUGGACCAUUUCUGUGUGUUCCAUGCACAUAUUAAGGCUACGGAACCCUUAGGGGAGUAACUGAGAAAUCUGGUCUCCUCUACCUAUACACACAAAAGAAGGCUUCACCACCACAAACAUGCAGUUACUGCCACACCUGUGAAUCGCACAUGAAUAAAGCUCACACCUGCCUGCC